AUGUCCACCACCUUCAUCCUCUUCCUCUUCCUCCUUCUCCUCUCCGGCGCCGGAGCUCAGACGCCGGAGUCAUCCCCGAUCAAAUACGGCGUCUCUUUCAGGCCAAGCGUCGGCAUAGUCAUCGGCAUCUUCGCCAUAAUGUUCUCCCUCACCAUCGUCCUCCUCAUGUACGCCAAGUUCUGCCACGUUGCCGCCACCGGCCUCUUCCUCCGGGAAUCCAACUCCGGCGCCGCCUUCCACCAUCUUCUCCACCCAACACAACAACCACGUUUCUCCGGCGUUGACAAGACUCUCAUUGAAUCUCUCCCCUUCUUCCGUUUCUCCUCUCUCCGUGGAUCCCGCGCCGGCCUCGAGUGCGCCGUUUGUCUCUCCCCCUUUACCGACGCCGAGAUCCUCCGGCUGCUCCCCAAGUGCAAGCACGCCUUCCACAUCGACUGCGUCGACCGUUGGCUCGCCGGCCACUCAAGCUGUCCUCUUUGCCGCCAACCUGUAGAUGCUUCCGAUGCUGAGAUCUUCAACCAGUUCUCUCUUAGUUCCCGUUUCUCUCUUCUAAACUCUUCCAGCCGCCGUAGUGAAGGUCAUGAAGAACAACAACAACAACAACAACAACAACAACAAGAAGCGGUGGUGGAGUUGUUUGUUGAAAGAGAUGAAGAAGAGAACAAGCCUGAUCAGUUUUAUCAUAAGUUUAAGCACCGGAUCAUCGUCUCCGACGUGAUGUUCAAGAGCCGGUGGAGUGACGUCAACUCGUCGGACUUGAUGGCUUUGAAUUCGGAGAUGCUUUGCUUUGCGUCGAGCAAGAGGUUUGAUGUGAGUGUGAGUGUGAAGGAUGAGUUGGAGAAGAAGAGGAUGAUGGAGAAAAAGAUGAAGAAGAUGAAUGGCUUUGUUUUGGGUUCCGGUGAUGUCGGUGGUUGUUCUUCUACUGAGUCUUUGAUACCACCAGGGAGUCGGUGCAUGUCGGAGAUCACAAAGGUGGCGAGGUUCGCCGGAGAAAGGUCAGGUGUGAAGGAGGAGGGGGAGGAGCAUGAGAAGAGGAGGCGUGUUUGGUUGCCCAUUGCUCGGAGGACGGUGAAGUGGUUCGCCGGCGGCCGGGAGGAGAGAGUGGAACUAAGAGAUCAUGAGGGAAGAUCAUACAGGGUUUAA